UGGCUGGCAGCUGGAGUCGCUCGGUCGUCGAGUUCCCCCCCCCGGUCGGACUGGACGCUCUCCUCACCCGCCCCCAUCCCCCUCCCCGUCUCCCCUUUCCCCCGGAUACGCGCGGACAGGACAGGACAGGACAGGAGCCCCGGCGGGCUUCUUUCUUCAAGCUUCGGCCCGAUCGGAGAGAGGCACCGAUGGGAGGCUCGCAGAGCGCGGCGUUCCCCGGUGGCAGGACAGAGGGAUUCCAUGUCCUCCGGGUGCAGGAAAACUCUCCAGGAUACUGGGCUGGGCUGGAACCAUUCUUUGAUUUUAUAAUUUCAGCAGGUGACAGGAGGCUGGACAAAGAUGACAAUGCACUACGGGAGCUGUUACUAGGCAAUGUGGAGAAGUCACUCAAAAUGGCUAUUUACAACACUAAGACUCAGGCUGUUCGUGAAAUCAGUGCAACACCCAGUAACCUCUGGGGAGGACAGGGGCUGCUUGGAGUCAGCAUUCGGUUCUGCAGCUUUGAAGGAGCAAAUGAAAAUGUUUGGCACAUCUUGGAAGUGGAGCCCAAUUCCCCUGCUGCACUAGCCGGUCUGAGGCCAUACACAGAUUACAUUAUUGGAGCUGAAGCCAUCCUCCGCGAGGUAACGUCUGAAGACUUGUUCUCUUUGAUCGAGUCCCACAAUGGAAAACCACUAAAGAUCUAUGUGUACAACACUGACACAGAUAAUUGUAGGGAGGUGAUUAUCACACCGAACAGUGCAUGGGGUGGAGAGGGCAGCCUGGGCUGUGGGAUUGGCUAUGGAUACCUGCACCGGAUACCAAUCCACAAGCAGCUAAUGGAGAGGAAGGUAACUCCUGUUCUCCGAGCUAACCUGCCUUCGAGUCCUAUGGUUCCUCUUUCAGCUCCAAGUGCUCCUGCCAUGAGUAACAUGCCCUCAGGUCUGCCAAAGGAGCUGGGUGAUCUCGGGCUGAGAACAACAACUACUUCAGUCACAGGCCCAUUCACACCAGGUUCUGUCGGAGUUCCAUUAUUUCCUUCACCAUUGAAUGAACCUUUCACUGUGUCAUUAGCUAAUGCAGCCAUCAACAAUACAGCGCCAGGACUAAUAACUGCACCUCCUAUGUUUACCAACCUACCUAAUUUUCCAAACCUAAACGUGGCUUUUCCCAACCUUGGUAUGGGGACAGUACCACCAGGAAUAGGAGGAAAUAUUAUGACAACGUCCACAGAUUCGCCCUUGUCAACUACCAGUCCGCUGCCACGUCUGGCUUUAUCAAACCUCCCUCCCAUCGAUCAUGCCACGACCCCUAUGCUUCCAGCCUUCUCUACAGUGCCACCAUUUUGCCCAAUCCCUUCAACUACUUCCGAGAGCGUCUCCGUGCCGUACCAUUCUCAGUGGAGCAAAGUCUCGGACCCUGCACCCGCAGUAGCUCAGGAAUAGUCUCCUGCCAAAGAGGCGAGAUGAAAAGUUGUCUUCCGCACUUGUAACAAAACUGGCAGAAGGGUAUAAUCUGUUCAGAAAGCACUAAUAAACUACUGAGGGAAGCCUGCCCCAACACGAGUAAUACUGCCACAGAUUCUGACUGAAUAAUAACCAACCUACUUUAUUAAAUGAGAAAGGCUUCCCAAUCUAGCAAUAUGUAUGUAGUUGUCAGUCUGACUUUAGCAGCAUGACAAUCAUUUAAAGAACUUCAUUUCAGUUACGCUCCCAUGAUCCCAAACUGAGCACUGCAUCCCAUACAUCAGAUCCCGAUGCAGAAACACUCCAAAUGUUUCACACCAUGUGACACCUCCCAUCCCUGUGUUCCACGACCUAGUGCACACACAACGUUUUCACCAUAACACAGCUCAACCCUCUAGCAUGUUAUGGUUUCUUGUAUUUUUCUAAAGAAAAAUAUUUUGUAUGACGUUUUAAUGACUGCUCUGGCAUUUUGCCGGAGCCUGGAGCUGAGAGUUGAUUAAAGUUUGAGGUAAAGCAGUUAAUGAAAAAUUUUCACACAAAAAAAAUUAGCCUACUUUUUUUUUGGUCAAGUUGAAUAGUUUCUUUAAAUCUACCGAGUACAGAUUUAGUAGCAGCCUGAAUGGUUAGAAGCGCAGGUUUUCCGUUUUUAUCUGGUCCAAACGUAGCCUUGAAUUGUUGUCAUAAACAGUGACCUUUUGGUUAAUAUGUGUUAAUCAAUAUUCAGCAGUAAUCACAAAUGACAGUCUUGCAGAAUGCAAUCGACUGUGUUUGUCCAGAAAAGAUACUGUUGAAAUAUUGCAUGUAGCUUAUGAUUUGGUGUUUACCCGUCUUGUGUUGGUGUAUGAUCAUAUUAUGAUUGUGAUUAUUUUAUUUCAGUACUGCACUCUGCAUUAACAUGAGGUGAAGAUGGUUUUUAAAAAACAAUUGAGAUGCAUGGAGAGUGAUGGGUGAAAUAACUGGUCAGCAAAUGGGAUUCAGCACCUUUUUCUAUUUGCACUCAUUUUUCAGUCCCCCUCCUAAUAUUCUGUUUCUAUAAAAUGAUCUGAUUAAAUUAGAUGAGCAGGAGGUUGGUAUCGCAAGGAAGCAAGUCGGCCGCUGAUGGGAUUUCUCUGUGCUGCCACCCGUUUCUAUCCAGUAUUGUGUGAGAUGGGUCCCUUGUAUCCACAGUGGAUCUGGUCUGAUUCUGCACAUCAUUCCUUGCUCUGUCCUUCACUCUAACAUUGAAGAAGGCUGCUCAAAUGUGGGAACGAGGGAAGCCAAUGUAACUCCUCUAUCCAGAGCUAAUCUCUCAUUUGGAAAUAAAACAUUGUUAGUGUUUGUAUGAAUACUGCUUCUGGUUUUGCGAGAUUUGGCAGUUUUUUUCCAAAACCCCAUUCUCCCCCCCCCCCCCCCCCCCCCCCCCCCCCCCCCCCCCCGCCUUUUUUUUUCUACUGGUCCUCUGGACUUGUACAACAAAUUCAUUCUGUUGUCUCAGCACUGCCUCUUGGUGUGUAAUUUUAAAACUUUGCCCACUGAAGGUUUCUUGUAGCAUGUUGUAAAGUGAUAACACCACAGAGGAUGUUUUUUUAGCUGCUUCCUUUCGUUCCCAAUCACUCACCGAGUUUGACUACACCUUGCAUGCAAGUGGAUUAUAUAUAUCUUCCCUCUGAAAGGAAGCUAGUUUAGAUAGAUCUUUUUGCAUAGAAGUACCAAAAGUGACCAAAUAUCUUGUAGAACUGCAACGAUUCUCUUCAUUUGAGUGCAGAAGUAUACUUCAGUUGAAGUUUUGAUCAUUUAUUUUUUUUUUAAAUUCAGAUAUGGGACCAAUAUAUUUGAAACUGAGCUCUAACAGUAUUAAGCCACUCAUUGCAUUGCUUCUAUAAAGUGAGUGGUUUGAUUCUAAUGUUACCGGCCAUCAUGAAAUGUUUUAUUAUGCGACCAACAAUGUGUCACUUUGACACGGCAAGAACCUGGCUGACUAUGGACUCCAUCUCAAUUUGGCUCCAAGCUACUGGUUGCAAUAACUCGAGCACAGUACCGAGUUUUAAAUGACUUAUUUGGGGGCACUUGGAUUGUAGUUCAAUGGCUUGAAAGUUCGGUGUUCGUUUAGACAUCUUACUAAUGUCCUACUAUGAUUUAUUUUUUAAAAGUUUACUGUUAACUGUGAAAUUUCCCUUUGCUAUAAAUGUUUAGUCAUUUGCUUUGAGUGCACCAAUAAAGAUGGUGUUUGAUGUCUUG